UGGCCAGUGGUGGCAACGACUCCGCCGCCGGUCAGACCAGGCGGGCCCCGCUUUCGGCUUCCAAGGACGCCUGGGCGGCCAGAGGCUCCUCUCGGAAACUCACCGUCAGGACACGAAGGUGCCAAAUUCUGCCCGCUGCUGGAUGGGUAAUCGGAGGUCGGCUGUCGCUGGCCCGGGCGGCGUUAUCUUGGCGGACAACCACGUUCUCCCUGGUCAGAAGAUGCCACCCGUGACUUUUGCACGUCCUUUGAAGUGCGCUCUCACCGUGUCUUAUAUUUGCUGCUGCUGUCGCCAGGUCCAGGCAGCCAGGAGGAUGGAUGCUGUGCGGGGCCACUGGGGGCGGUUUGGCUUGCUGUGCGGCAUCUGGCUGUGGGUGAGCGCGGCCCAGCCGAGCACCCCAGCACCCACAGGGCAGAGCCAGGAGGUUCCCAGGCUGCAGUUCCGGCUGGCUGGCUAUCCCCGCAAGCACAAUGAGGGGCGCAUCGAGGUCUUCUACAACCAAGAGUGGGGCACCAUCUGUGACGAUGACUUCACGCUGGCCAACGCCCACGUCCUCUGCCACCACCUGGGCUUUGUGGCCGCCACUGGCUGGACUCACAGUGCCAAAUAUGGCAAAGGUGUUGGGCGCAUCUGGCUGGACAACGUGAAUUGUGGCGGGAGUGAGAAGAGCCUUGUGGACUGCCGGUCGCGUGGCUGGGGCAACAGCGACUGCUCCCAUGAGGAGGACGCCGGUGUCAUCUGCAAAGACGAGCGCAUCCCUGGCUUUGUUGACUCCAACGUGAUUGAGACAGAGCAGAACCAGGUGGAGGAGGUGCGCCUGCGCUCCAUCGUGGCCUCCCAUGCCAAGCGGCCGCUGCCUGUGACGGAGGGCGUUGUGGAAGUUCGCCACAAGAGUGGCUGGGCCCAGAUCUGUGAUGAAAACUGGGACAGCCGCAACAGCCACGUCAUCUGUGGGAUGCUGGGCUUCCCUGCGGAAAAGAAGGUCAACCGAAAUUUCUACAAGCUUUACGCGGAGCGGCAGCAGCUCAACUACCGCCUGCACUCUGUGGCCUGCACAGGGAAUGAAGUCCACAUCUCCAUGUGCUCCUUCGAGUUCUACAAGGGCAAUGCCACCACAGCAGCCUGCAAGGGUGGGAUGCCUGCUGUGGUGAGCUGCGUGCCUGGGGCCCCUUUUGCCAUCAGCAGGGCCCAGAAGAAGAAGCGACAGCAGCGACAGCAGGGGCAGCAGCGUGUCCGGCUGAAGGGCGGAGCCAGGCCUGGUGAAGGGCGGGUCGAGGUGCUGAAGGGUGGUGAAUGGGGCACUGUCUGCGAUGACCGCUGGAACCUGGUGACGGCCAGCGUGGUUUGCCGGGAACUGGGCUUUGGGAGUGCCAAGGAGGCUCUGACGGGAGCACGCAUGGGCCAAGGCAUGGGCCAGAUCCACAUGAACGAGGUGCAGUGUUUGGGCCCUGAGAAGUCCCUCUGGAGCUGCCCCUACAAGAACAUCACCCAGCAGGACUGUAAACACUCCGAGGAUGCUGGUGUCCGCUGCAACAUUCCCUACAUGGGCUACGAAAUGACGAUCCGCCUGAGUGGGGGGCACAGCCAUGUUGAGGGGCGGGUUGAGGUGGCGCUGGGGGCCAGGAGCAAUGACAGCCCCCACCAGUGGGGCUUGAUUUGCGGCGAUGGCUGGGGGACCCUGGAAGCCACUGUGGCAUGCCGCCAACUUGGCCUGGGCUUUGCCAACCAUGGCUUACAAGAAACGUGGUACUGGGAUGGCAGCAACGUGACCGAGAUGGUGCUAAGUGGCGUGAAGUGCGCAGGGCACGAGAUGACGCUGACCAACUGCCAGCACCACAGCGCCGUCACCUGCCAGAAGACGGGCACGCGCUUUGCUGCUGGAGUCAUCUGCUCAGAGACUGCCUCAGACUUGCUGCUCCAUGCCCCACUAGUACAAGAGACAGCGUACAUUGAGGACCGCCCUCUGCACAUGCUCUACUGUGCUGCGGAGGAGAACUGCCUGUCCAGCAGCGCCCGCAAUGCCAACUGGCCCUAUGGCCAUCGACGUCUCCUGCGUUUUUCCUCUCAGAUCCAUAACAAUGGCCGAGCCGAUUUCCGGCCCAAGGCAGGGCGCCACUCCUGGGUCUGGCACGAAUGCCACGGGCACUACCACAGCAUGGAUAUCUUCACCCAUUACGACCUCCUGACGCCCAACGGCACAAAGGUGGCAGAGGGACAUAAGGCCAGCUUCUGCCUGGAGGACACCGAAUGUGAGGAGGAUGUGGGCAAGCGCUAUGAGUGUGCCAACUUUGGAGAGCAGGGCAUCACGGUAGGCUGCUGGGACCUCUACCGCCAUGACAUUGACUGCCAAUGGAUAGACAUCACAGAUGUCAAGGCUGGAAACUACAUCCUGCAGGUGGUGAUUAACCCCAGGCACGAAGUGGCAGAGAGCGACUUCACCAACAAUGCCAUGAAAUGCAACUGCAAAUAUGAUGGGCAUCGCAUUUGGGUCCACAGCUGCCAUAUAGGUGAUGCUCUCAGUGAUGAGGCCAACAGGCGCUUUGAACAGUACCCGGGACAGCUCAAUAACCAGAUUGUGUAGGCCAAAGCACAAACGCCAGUAUCUUGGGCACCGUCUUGCCAACACCAGCUGCACGGCUGAGGAAUGGAAAGCGGCAUGACAGCAUCUGCCCACUGAAUCGUGGAAGCCCACAACAGACAGACGGCAGCUCACCUGGAACAGCCCUGCCCUGCCCAGCGCAAAGAGGUCACUCAAUCGAGGGGAGGGGAAACAAGAAGAGCAGAGUCACUCACCAAACACCCCCCCCCCAAAAAACCCCAGGAAGCCGGACACUCCUGUCUACAGAUGGCAGCAUCUGACCUUAUGCAAAGCCAAACUCGCAGCCUGGGGUGGAGGGGAAGGCAGGAAGGGGAAGGCAGUCUCCUUGCACCACUCAGGGCUCUCCUUACUGCUGGCUCCAGAGCGCCUCCUGCUUUUGCUCGCCUUCUGGUGCUCAAGAGGCUGCGGCCACAUCUUGCUUCCAAUAUAUAAAGUUAGUUUCCUUUCUCCCAA